AUGGCGUUCACGUCCGCUCCCCUCAACCGGGUUCCCUCCCGUGUGUUGCCGUACGCGUUGUCUGGGGUGUAUGUACACCCGAAGACCGUGUGUCGGCUGGUCGCCUCGCCUAGGCUGUCGUCAGUCUCGUCUUCGUCUUUGUUUUCCGCGCCGCUUUCCGGUCCGACUUCGCUCUCUUCUCUGUCUUCUUCUGCCUCGCAUCCUGUUACUGCUUUUCCCCGCCACUUUUCCUCCGCGAUUCCGCCGGCCAACUCAGCAGCUUUGGCGGAUCCGCUCCCUGCCACGCCUACACCGCCUGCCGUGUUUGAGUCCCUUUCUUCGUCGACUGCGUCGUCCUCUGGGGCUGUCUCCAGCGCCAAGGAUGCGCGCAAAAAUGUAGAGGAAAUUGCCACCAUGGAACGGUACGAAGCUGCGGUGUACGACGAGAGCCACAAGAAACCGAUCAUCUGCCUCUUUUUCGCGCGCUUUUCGCUUCAGAGCAAAGUUCUUCUUCAGCCGUUCCUCGAUUUCGCCGCGAGUGCCAGCAACAAUGCAACUUUCUUCCUCGUCGACUGCGACCGCGUCCCCAGAGCUGCGUACCAUGCACGGGUAGAGAAUGUCCCAAGCAUCGUCGUGAUGAAGGGCGACGAUGCGUUCCGCCAGACCAUAACCGACGCGGUCGGCGUCAAGACAGCUGGGGAGUUGAUUCAGGAGGCGCGGGGUGCACUCGAACAGGUGGUCCGACUCGAUCAGCUGGAGGGAGGCACGAAGCUGCAGCCAGGAGUCAGUUCGUACACGCACCACAUCGGUGUCGACAAUUUGAAUGUGUAUCGCAAGGGCUGGCCGGUGGCCUAA